AUGUCUUUCUCGUCACUACUCUCGGGAGCAGAGUGCUCCACGUCUGCAAACCCUCUUGCCCAGUUCUCUAAGCAUGCUGCUCAAGAUACGUCCCUUCAGCGAGAUCGCAUGGUCGGCGGGCAACAAGCUCAGAGACCCGGCGGUAUGAGAAGUGCUCAGGCUCCUAUGACAGCACAGGAUGGAAAGUUGAUGGAAGACAUGUUCAACGCCGGGCCUGUUGAGCAGGAAACAUUUCGGUUCGAAGGAAUGAGGAAGCAGCUGAAUGGGAUACAUCGCACAGGUCCGCCACCGAACUGGUCGGCCGAAUUUGGGAACGCGCCGCAGUCCGAGCGGGGAGCAUGGAACGUCCGCGAAUUCGAAGAGAGGGCUAGAUUGGAGGCUUCGUUCAAGCAAAAACCGAAUGCUCAAGGACAAGAUCCAGCAUGGCAGCGCGAAUUUAUGGCUUCUUCUGGUUCACCGAUGCUUGAGCAGCACCAAACCGGAUAUCACGCAUCGAUGCCGUACCAACCUAUGUUUGCCGGGCGCAUGGGCCUUCCCAUGACUUCGUUUCAGGAGCCCAUGAUGACGGAUGUGAAAGGAAAGGGUCGCAUGAUUGAAUUGGAUCCUCACAACUGGGAAGAGCACUUCAAAGCUAUCGAGAACUUGGACAACGCGGAUAAGGAGAAGCUAGAAAAAUUUCAGGAGGAACAGCAGGUAAAGGCAAUCGAAGACGAGGGCCAGGCCUUGCACGACGAAUCACAAUACUUCGGAGAUUUUGAGAGUCUAUGGAAGGGUAUUCAACAAGAUCAUCAGGAGAAUGGUAUGCCAAACCAUCUCGAUUGGGAAUCGGAACUUGCGAACUUUCCAGAGGAUGGUCCUAUGAUGUCCACCGUUCCCCAAUCCUUCACCCCCGAUGGAAAACCCAAUCUCGGCGAGUAUCUCUUCGAGCCCGAUAAUGUUUAUCUCAACCAUGCCGAUCCCUUUGGUGAAGGUAUGGCGCUUAUGGACCAGGGUGGAAGUCUAUCGGAAGCUGCUCUUGCCUUCGAGGCGGCGUGUCAGAAAGAUCUGAAACGCAGUGAGGCAUGGGCUUGGCUUGGUUUUGCUCAGGCACAGAAUGAGAAAGAGGAACCUGCCAUUAGAGCUUUGGAUAGAGCUACCAAACUUGACCCGGCGAACCUACAGGCACUUUUGGCACUUGCUGUAUCUUAUACGAACGAGGGCUACGACACAGCGAGUUACUUGACUCUCGAGCAAUGGAUCACGACGAAAUACCCUCAAUUAGCGCCGAGUACCCCGCCGGCUAUGACGAAUAACCGCUUCCAGGUUCAUGAACGCGUCACCGAACUCUUCCUUCGUGCUGCACGUCAGAGCCCGAACGGUGCAGAGAUGGAUGCAGAUGUUCAGGUUGGUUUAGGUGUGUUGUUUUACGGUGAUGAAGAUUUUGAUAAGGCUGUUGAUUGCUUUGUGACUGCAUUGAGGACUCGCCCGGAUGAUCAUCUUUUAUGGAACAGGUUGGGGGCAACGUUAGCCAACUCGGGGCGCAGCGAGGAAGCCAUCGAGGCCUACCAAAAGGCACUCGAAUACCGUCCAGGUUUUGUUCGUGCAAGGUACAACCUCGGCGUUUCUUGUAUCAACAUUGGCUGCUACACCGAAGCGGCCCAACAUCUCUUGCGUGCCCUUGCCAUGCACCAGGUUGAUGGUGAUGCCGGAGGCGGCGUCAAUAUCUCAAGCAACCUUUGGGAGACGCUGAGGAGGGUGUUUCUGGUCAGUCUGAAUCGGCCUGAUCUGGCGGAGAAGGCUGUGAGUGGAGCGGAUAUCUCGAUCUUUAGGGACGAGUUUGAGUUCUAA